AUGCCUGGCCUCAUACCGCUUAUGCUCAAGCCCGCGACCGCGGGCACUCGCUUUAGUGUCCUCUACUCGCCAAGUCCCCAAGCUACCUCACCAUCAGCCUCACGCCUGCCCAUCUCUCCUGCGGGCACACCCAAGGACGCGCUUCAGCGACUGUCCCUUCCCGCUACUCUAGCCUCUUCUCAACAGACUCAGGCAUCUACCUCCAAUGUUGAACCUGCCUACCUUAUUUAUCUCAACUUUUACGCCGCUAUUUCCAAGGAGAUGAGCUCCCGGGCCCUUCACCCUUCUUCGCCCUACCGUGCGACUCUUUUGCGACAGGCGGAGACACAUUAUAACCGCGCUGCCGACCUCAUUCAAGCCGAGGAAAAUACAUUGAAGCGCUUCUCCCGUGCCUCUACCCUCUCGUCCAGCAUUCACUCUCCCGUUAGCUCUAUCGGCUCGAGGGCUUCUACCACAUCCACUCGCCUAUCCUCACCAGCCCCAUCAAUUUACAGUGUCGAGGAUAAACCCUCGGUUACAUCUACGGCGCCUGCUAAGAAGCGCGUGACCUUUUCCGACAUGGUCGCCGAGCCAUUCAUCCGACCGGACUCUCCGACCCUCGGUUUCGACGAUUGGGCUCCUCCGGUAGUGACCGAACUCAAGUCGGCGCUUCACAUUCCCCAACCUCAGUCUGUCUAUGAGCCCGAGACGCCGGAGGCGCCCGAAGAUGACGAGGACGAGAGGAGGCCCUUCAGCUUCCGGGAUAGCGAGAUUUUCUUGCCCGCGACGUCAACUGAUCGGUACUGGGCCAUUCUUUCCGGCCUUUCUGCGCAAGUCAUCAUCCACCUUGAGGGCGUUCGCGCAGAGCUGGAGAGACCUGCUACUGAGGAUGCCAUCUCUUCUGGAAGAUCCACGCCAGAAUCGAUUUCUAGCAUGGACGCGGAGUCCAAGGCUCUCGAUCUCCGCGCGCGCAUCGAUAAGCUCAAGCAGAGUGGAUGGCGACGAAGGCGGUUCAACCCAUCACGGUACCAAGCUCUUCGCGAGAGUGUUCUUGCCGAGUUGGAGUGA